CAUUAUUGAGCGGCUCUUUUGACCUCAUUGGGAUUCUAAUAGUUAGGCCACACUUAUUUGUCAGACUUCUAUAUAACGGUCUUGAGAGCUCGAUCAUUCAGGACGACUGCGCUGCUUACUCCGACGCACAUCAAGUGGGCAAGAAAGCAGCCAACGGGCUGAGUCGUUCAAGAUGCCGUUCGCUACUGGAGAUCAGGGCCUGCUCCAGCUGAACGGAAAGCAAUUUGACUUCAGCAUACAAUUCGAGCAGCUUUUCUUCUCCAUCAUCCCGUCCGUUUUGUUUAUUGUAACAUCAUUGUGGCGGACGCUCUCCCAGGCACGGAAGCCGACUGUGGUGGAUGCUCCGGUGUUCCAGCUCAUCAAACUGGGUGCGAUCACAGCAUAUGUUGGCCUCGAGCUUUCACUCCUCAUCUUAGUUGCAGUCGGGUCCUUUGCUGUGACCAGCAUAUUCAUCGCUGCCUCGGCCCUCAAGCUUGUGUCCGCUCUUUUCAUGAUAAUGCUUAGUCUUCUUGAUCACAGCAGAAGUCCAAGACCGUCCGUGCUGUUGAAUGGCUACUUGUUUCUUACUUUAAUUCUGGACGCAGCGCAGACAAGAACGCUGUUUCUCUCAUCCGAUAACAAGCCCGAGAUCACCUAUAGCAGCAUCUUCAGUGCUGCUAUAGCUCUAAAGGCUGGUAUAUUGUUGUUAGAGGCCCAACAAAAGUCCAAAUGGAUAAACUGGAACAAGAAGGAACACAGCCCAGAAGAAACGAGCGGCAUAUUCUCGCUUGGCGUUUUCUUCUGGCUCAACAAGAUGUUUCUGGCGGGAUACCGGAAGGUUUUGAAGAUUGAGGACCUCUACCCCCUCGAUAGCUCCAUGAAUGCCAAAUCUCUUCACGAUGAGUUUUCUACGAACAUGGACUACUCCAAGCUGAAAGGCGAUAAGUUCGGUCUAGUGAAGGUGCUAGCACGCACGUUGAGACCUGCUCUCCUACUUCCCAUCCCUCCACGUCUGGCACUCCUUGCUUUCACGUUUUGUCAACCGCUGUUUAUCGAAAGGUUGUUGGAUUAUUUAUCACAACCUGCACUCGACCCCAAUGUUGGUUACGGCUUUAUCGGCGCUAGCAUGCUGAUAUACUUGGGAAUUGCUAUUUCUACAGCCUUCUACUGGUACUUCCACCAUCGUAUGCGGACGAUGGCAAGAUCGAUACUCGUUAUUGAGACCUUUAUCAAAGCAACACAAGCCCGAAUCGGAACCGGCGAUGACAGCGCUGCGCUGACUUUGAUGAGCACAGAUAUGGAGCGUAUAAAGAUGGGAUUCAGGAAUCUCCACGAAGUCUGGGCUAGCGCAAUCCAAGCUGCUCUGGCUGGGUGGAUGUUGUACAACCGACUCGGCGCAGUCUUUGUCGUACCAAUGGGGAUGGUAAUAGUCUGCUUUGUCGGCUUGGGGAUUCUUAUAAGGUUCACCGGGGACUCUCAGAGAACAUGGAUGGGAGGAGUUCAGAAGCGUGUUGGCUUGACGGCUACAGUAAUUUCCAGCAUGAAGAACUUGAAAAUAAGUGGCCUCUCUGCUGAAGUCGGCGACUUUGUGCAGAUGCUGCGCAUCAAUGAGCUCGCCGCAGGGUCCCGAUUCCGCAAGAUCCAGAUUAUUGCUGCUCUUCUCGGUUUCAUUCCGAUGUUGAUCGCCCCGCCACUAACCUUUGCAUUUACCCAACGAACACUGGAUGCUUCGACAAUGUUCACAUGUCUGACUUUUCUCACGCUUUUGACCAACCCGUUAACAGAGGUCUUCCUGUCUAUCCCUCAGAUUGUCUCUGGGCUAGCUUGUCUGGGUCGAAUCCAGGCCUUCUUGGAGUGCGAGACUCGUGAUGAUUUUCGCCGAGCUAUUACUGAGAUGAGACAGAAUACAGAGAAGAAUAUACUAGAUACCGCAGCAGGACAGGACUCGGCGUAUCCUGUUGUUAUCAAUGAUGGUAGCUUUGGUUGGGAAUCAGACAAGCUCGUCCUGCGGAACAUAAACACUCGAGUGUCCAAGUCCUCGCUUACCAUUGUGGUUGGGCCAGUUGGAUCGGGGAAAUCUACACUCUGCAAGGCACUGCUCGGAGAAAUUCCUUUCAACGGAGGCAGCGUGGUCUUGAGUGCUAGAUUUUCCCACGUGGGAUUCUGCGACCAAACGGCUUUCCUUUCCAACGGCUCCAUCAAAGAUAACAUUAUAGGAUAUUCUCCAUUCAACAGUGAAAGAUACGCUGAAGUCAUCGAGGCAACAGCUCUGCGCUUUGACUUUGACACACUCCCGCAAGGAGACCGAACGAAUAUCGGAUCGGAUGGAAUCACCCUAUCCGGGGGCCAAAAACAACGUGUUUCUCUAGCACGAGCUUUGUAUUUGCGGUCAGAUCUGCUCGUACUAGAUGAUGUUUUCAGUGGCCUAGAUGCAGAUACCGAAAAGCAGGUCUUUCAGCAAGUCUUUGGUCCAGGUGGACUACUCAGACGGAGACGUUCUACAGUUGUGCUGUGCACACAUAGCGUCAGACACCUACCCGCAGCGGAUUAUAUCAUAGCACUUGGAGAUAGCACUGUUGUCGAGCAAGGAAGCUUUGACCAGCUGAUGGCCAAUAAAGGAUAUGUUCAUCGGCUGGGUUUCAAGGAAUCUUCCGACACUGAUAAUGCAUCCGCGGAAUCCACGGCUGAGAGAAAGGCUGGGGAUUCACAGUCGAAAGCAGCCCUUGCAACGGUAACUGGGACAUCAUCUCCUGGGCUGAAUGAGGAUGGGUCGCGGCAAUCUGGCGAUAGGGCGGUAUACAAGCAGUACUUUAAGAGCAUGGGGUGGUUCGUGGCAGCGUCCUGUUUCAUCCUUGCUGCUCUAUUUGGCUUUUUCACUGACUUUCCGUCAAUCUGGCUCACAUACUGGACUGACGACGUCUAUUCGGAACAUCCGAAGCAUUCCUGGGCUUACUAUGCUGGGAUAUAUGCCUUGCUCCAAGUCUGCGGCCUGAUAUCGCUGCUUUUCCUCGCCUUGGCAAUCUAUGUCAUCUCUAUAAAGAAAGUAGGUGCCCAUCUCCACCAGGAGGCCUUACGAACGCUUUUUCGAGCACCACUCCGUUUUUUCACAAAGACGGACACCGGCGUUGUCACAAACUUGUUCUCGCAAGACCUCAAUCUUAUAGACACAGAGCUGCCGGAAUCAACAUUGAAUGCUUUGUAUUCUGUCUCCAUGGCAGUCGGACAAGCCGGUGUUAUGCUUACUUCGUCUGUGUACCUGGCCAUAAGCUACCCACUCCUCGCGAUCCUACUAUUUGUCGUGCAAAAGUUUUAUCUGCGGACUUCCAGGCAGCUGAGAUUGCUAGAUCUCGAGGCUAAAAGCCCCUUGUACACGCAUUUCCUUGACACAGUCAAGGGUAUCACGACCCUGAGAGCUUUUGGCUUCCUUCCCGAAGAUGUCCGAAAGAACGCCCGCCUGAUCGACUCCAGCCAGCGACCCGCUUACCUCCUCCUCAUGAUCCAGUCCUGGUUGAAUCUUGUUCUCGACGUCGUGGUCAUGAUAAUGGCAGUGGUCCUGACAACUCUCGCUGUUCGACUUCACUCAAAUUCUGGUUUUGCUGGUGCUUCUCUGUACACCCUCGUAAGCUUCGGUGAGAAUCUUUCAGGUAUUGUCAUAUUCUACACCAGACUAGAAACUUCUCUUGGCGCGAUAACCAGACUCGACACUUUCAAGAAAACCGUCCACCCAGAGGACAGGGAUGAAGAAGACAUUGUCCCUCCAAAGGAGUGGCCUUCAAGCGGUGUGGUGGAGUUGAAGGGGGUAUCUGCGCAAUAUAAUGCGGAAGACGACCAACCCAGCGACGAACCCAACCUAGCCCUCCGUAACAUCCACCUCAAGAUCAAGUCUGGCGAAAAGGUCGCGAUCUGCGGCCGUACCGGCAGCGGCAAAUCCAGCCUCAUCGCCCUACUCCUCAAGCUCCUCGACCCUCUCUCCUCGACCGCAGAAAGCGCCUUCAUCGACAACACGCCCAUCCACCGCAUAAAUCGGUCCGCGUUACGGGAGCGCAUAAUCGCCGUUCCCCAAGAAGCCGUCUUCCUACCCGACGGAUCCACCUUCCAGGCCAACCUCGACCCAUCCAACGUCUCCACGCCCGAGGAAUGCCAAGCUGUUCUUGUAGCAGUGGGACUAUGGGAAUUCAUCCAGGAUCGCGGCGGUCUGGAUGCCGAAAUGAGCGCGGGGACCCUCAGCGCUGGACAGCGGCAGCUUAUGUCCCUUGGGCGCGCGCUUCUGCGGCGCUUUAUCCGGGCGCGGGAUACCGGGAUGGGGGGUGGUGGUGGCUUGGACCGCGGGAUAUUGUUACUGGAUGAAGUGAGCUCGAGCGUGGACCACGCGACGGAAGCCGUUAUGCAGGAGAUUGUCCGGGCGGAAUUCAAGCAAUACACAGUUGUUGCGGUUAGCCAUCGCCUGGAUAUGAUUAUGGACUUUGACCGGGUUUUUGUUAUGGAUCAGGGCGAGAUUGUGGAGGUGGGGAAUCCUGCGGUGUUGGCUGGAGAGGCGGGCUCGCGGUUUGGGGACUUGGUGAGGGCUGGGGCUAAGUAGAAGGUGAUAGUGUGGCUUUUUUUCUUUCUUAUUGAUGGAUUGCGG